AUGUAUGUCAACAAAGUUUUGGAGUUAAAUAUCAAUGACAUUGUUCAUGAUAUCAACGUAUUUUAUAAAAACAGUAAAAUAAAUAAUACUUCAGGCCCACUUGAAGUAAUAAAUACAAAAUAUUCUUUUUGUAAAAAAUCAAUAUCACAAUAUGAUGACACAUUUGUUAUACAUUUAGAAAAAGUUAUUUUGAUAUGUAUUCAACAACUGGAAAAAUGGAAUUUCUUUAAAUAUGAAAAUCCUUUAAUUGAUACCAACAAAAUCGAUAAAUGUCUUUGCGUACCAAAUUUAAACUUAAUAAUUCUACAAAAAGGAAAUCAAAUAUUUGUCGAAGAAUUUCAAACAGUUUUUACUAACAAUAAAAUAAAUGAGCUGAACUUGCUAACACGAAAUAGCAUAUCAGUUCCAUCGAUUUUCUUUUUUGUUUUCGAAGAUCUUCUGCACAUUCUCGAUAAAAAUGGACAAUUAUGGCAAAUGAAUAUCAAGGAUUGUCUAAAUCCCUCGCCUCAAAUGGAAAUUGUGAAAACCUUUGAACUUCCAAAAAAUAUCAAUGAAAUAUAUUUUAAAAUUGAAAAUAAACAAACUUUAGUCAUUUCUUAUAUAAAUGAAAAAGAAAAAUGUAUCUAUAUAGUUAUAUAUAAUAUAAAAACAAAUAAUUCACAAAAAAAUAAAUUACCUAUACCUAAUGAUAUAAAAUUUGAAAAAGGCACAAAGAAUAUCACUUCAGUAUCUUUAAAUAAAAAUUAUUUUAUUAUAACUUUUAAUUCAAAUGAAUUAUUCAUAUUUAAAAGAGAUGAAAAUGAAAAAAAUAAUAUAAACAACAUACAUAAUGAAAUAACAAAAUCUCAAAAUAAAGACAGUUACUUAACUAGCCAUUUUCAUAAAUUUUUAGGAGAAAAACAAUGUAGUCAGCUAAAAUAUUUUAAUAAUAAAAGUUUACAAGAAAUUGAAAAAUACACAUUAGAAUAUAUUAAUAAAAUAUCAGAAAUUUCAUCUGUAUCUAUAAAUGAUGAUAAUAUUUUAUUCUUAAUUUAUAGUGCAAAAUUUUUAGAAAAAAAUACACAAAAUAAAUUAAACAAUAAUAAAUAUGCAUCUAUGUUUCAAACGUUUACAGAUGGAAUACAUAAAUAUUAUCAAAAGAUUGAAAGUUAUUCUUUUUCAAAAAUGUUUGGCUCAGAUAAUAUGAAUUCUACUAACUUAUUAUAUGAUAUAAGUCACAAUUUAUACAAAAGAAAUAAUAUGCAUGUAACUUUAGUAAAUAUCGAAAACAAUACAGAAUCUAAUCUAAACACAUCAUUACAUAAAAAUUAUGUUUCAACAAAAAUAGAUCCACUUUGGAAUGAUCUAGCUAGCGAUGAUAUACAAUUCAAUUUUGUUACACAUCUAUAUAGUCAGACAAUAAAAAAAUUAACAAGCCAUUUUAAUAAUAUUUAUGAACAAAAAGAAUUAAAGGAUGAUGAAAAAAUAAAAGAACUUUUAAAAUAUAGUAAAUAUUUAAAUAUUCAUGAAAUAAAUCAAAAUAAAAUAAAAGCAUUUAACAAAGAAUUUGAUGAUGACAAAAUAGAAAAAGAAUUUUUAUAUAUGGGCUUCUUAAAAGAUUUAACAAGCAAUAAAAAAUAUCUUUCUCCUUUAGAUUCAUAUAACAAUAUAUAUUUAUGUAAAAUAGAUGAAUAUUAUUUAAUUUUACAAAAUUCAGAACAAAAUUUUGAUUUAAUAUUAUAUAAAUUUAAAUUUUUAAAUAAACAAGAAUUAUUAUUACAUUUAUUUUUUCAUAAUUAUUACGAUGCAGUAUUAAAAUCGGAAUUAUAUUUAUUUACUGUACUUCAUCAAUUUUUUAUUUAUUCAAUUUAUGAUUAUAAUGGACGAUACUUGGAUUCUUCACUUCUCGACUAUCAGUGUCUCUUCAAGAUACGAGACUUAUUUGCUUUUCUCGGUCGAGCAGUUACUUAUGAUCCAUUUUUAGUUCGAGCUAGUUCAGAGGAAGUUAUCAAAUUGCUAAGUUUAAAGGAAGAUGCAUAUAAUGCUGGACCACCUAUACUAACAAAUAUGAACUAUGGAGAAGAAAAUAAUAAUUAUGAUCAUUUUGUUUAUACCCUUUCAAAAGAUGAACAUAUAUAUUAUCCCUCUAAAUAUAUAAAUAAAUAUCAUCUUGUCAACAAAAUAAAUAUAACUAAAUCAGAUAUACAUAUCGAUAUUGAUAUACAAUUAAAUAAAUUAAAAAAUGUUUUAUUUACUGCUCUUAGAUUAAUAUGUUAUAUAUUAAAAGAAAAUGAAAACUAUGAUGAAAUUUCUGACUGUUCAGAUCAAAAUGAAAUGGACGAACAUUUAUUUAUAACCACAAUUACACAAGCUAAUUUGAAAAAGCGUUAUCAAGGUUGGCUAGAUAUUGAAGUGCCCGAUCAAAGUAGUGAGUCUAGCCAAGGCACCAGCUCCGAUCGAAGUUCUAGAUGGAGUGACUAUGAAAACGAGGAAGAAAACGAGGAAGAAAAUGAGGAAGAAAAAGAAGAAAACGAGAAAAGGGAAUAUUUAUUUGAUUUGGAUUAUAAAGCUUUUGAGCCAACUAUUGAAAUAAUAAAUACAAAUGAAGAUAUGAAAAAUAUAUUGUUAAAGUAUAAAAUAGAGUUACUACAACAAGUGUACAAAUAUAAAGCAUUUAAAUAUUUAAUAAAAUUGUUGGAAAGAGAAAGAAAAAAUAAAAGUUCUUACUAUAUAGCUAAAAAAAUUAUAAAAAAUGGACACCCUGGUAAAUGUGCUACUACAACUACUAAUAAUAAUAAUAAAAGCAACAUCACUGAUUUGUUCAAUAUAUUCAAAACAAAUGAAGAAGCAAAUGAAAAAAAUGAGAUGAAUGCAGAAAGUGUACCUGAAGAAAGCACUUCCAAUUAUAGUUAUUCAUUUUCUGACUAUGAUCAAAAUUAUGAAAAUAAAAAUUUGACUGAUAUACCAGAUUGUGAUAAAAAAAGUACAAACAUAUAUCUUAUCAAUUGGACAAAAUUUAAAUAUGAUUAUACUCCAUUCGAUAUUAUAAAAUAUUUUUUAAUAAAUAAAAAUUAUAUUUUAAUUAAAAUUUUUUAUAAAUAUUUUAAAUGUUAUAUAGAUAAUAAUUGGCAACAAAUUUUUUAUUACAUUCCUCUAAAUACAAAAAUCGAAGAUUUCUUUUUUCUCUUACCUCGUAUUAAAAAAAUAAACAUAUUAUCAAGCAAGUCGGAUAGUCUUGAAAAUGGUUUGCCAAAAAUAAGUUCUACACAAGAACAGUUUAAUCAAGACUCCAAAUCAAAUAAUACCCAAAAUCAAGCACAUUCUAGCAUAUCAAAUAAUGGUGAAACAUUAAAAAUGAGCAACAACAAACGUAACUCUAAAUUUGAAUGCCCAUCCUUACCCUUCGAACAUAAAAAAUAUAAUGUUAAUAAAAAAAAUACUUAUGAAAUAUACUGUUCAGAAAAUGAUUUUUUUGAAUUUUUUAUAAUUCGAUGUAUAAAAAUAAUAACAGAAACUCAUUUAAUUCGAAGCAGAUUAUUGAUGUUUGUUUAUGUAUCAAUGAAAAUAGCUAAUCAAAAUAAUAUAUAUAAAAUAUUUAACUACGAUAAAAUAAAAAAAAAAUACACAUAUAAUUGUAACUAUUUUAAUCGCUUUGUCAAAAAAAUGAAUACUAAACAAAAUGAGAAAAACACAUCAAUAAGUCUCGAAGAUUGGAAAGAAGAAACUGAAGAUAAUAAUAUUGCACGAUCUAACUCGAUGGGCAAUGAAAACAAUAAUUAUAUGAACCCCCAAACAAGCCAUUCUUACAAUAAAUUCGAAAACACACAAAAUGAUAGCAACCCUGAUAGUGGUGAAAAUGUGACUAUACAAAAGGAAGAAAACUGGAAUGAUUCCAAUUUAUGUGAUCCAAAUUUUAUAAAAAAUAAAUUACAAAUAUAUUUAAAAAAAAAUAAUAUUAAAAAUAAAAAUGUAAUACUAAUAUAUAGUCUUUUUAUACUAAUUAAGAUGUAUUUACAAUCUAAAGAGAACCAUAAAAAUAUAAAAUUUGAAGAAUUUCUAUUAAUGGAUAUAUAUAAAAAAUUAUGUCUAACUAUAGAUUUUGACAAAAAAUAUAUUUCCUAUGAAUAUGAUCAAGAAAAUGCCAAUAUAAGUUUAUUUUAUAAUAAAAUAAUAGAUGCAUUAUCUAAUUAUAAAUAUAUUAAUGCAUAUAUAAUGACAUCUAAAGAAUCUUAUUAUUCCAUUUUUGAAAAUGAUAUAGUUGAAUUAUAUUUUAAAAAUCCAGCAAAUGUUUUAGAAUCAAUUUAUUUUAAUAUAUUAUACACAUCAGAACAACUUUAUGUCAUCUUUUGUUUAACAACAUUAAAGCAAUUGCAAUUCAAACAUUUUACUCGACCUAUCAUUCAUGCUGAUAAUAAAAAUCGUAUAUUUACACAAGUCCCUUUCAAAACAUUUGAAAAUAUUUCAAAAAAUGCCAUAAAUUAUAAUAAAAAAAAGGAUAGAAAAAAUACAAAGAUAGAUGAAAUAUACAUAUUCUUAAAAUAUAUACAUUAUGCUUAUAAACAUAAAAUUAUUCUAAAUGAUAAUUAUCAGUUUUGCUACCUAUUUUUAAUUAUUUUUUAUAAAUACAUUAAAAUUAAUUUGAUUCAUUUUAUCUCAAUAUUUAACGAUUUUUAUAAUCUCUUCCCCAAAAAUGUAACAACCAAACCUCAGACAUAUCAACUAACCCAAGAAUAUUCUCUAAACACACACCAUAAAAAUAGUGAACACGAUUUUUGCCAUUCCAAACAAGACUUCUCAAACUCAACACACUUUGACAUUAACUCCAUUUUCAAAAAAAAAAAAGAUAAUGAAAAAAAUGUAGUAAUGCAUAAUGAACAUUUAGAAUAUAUAAUAAACUGCUAUACCGAUAAAGUCAGAACAAAUCAAGAAGACGAAGACGAGGAUGAAAAAGCGGGAAGUAGCUACACACCAAAUUGUGAACUUGUUGAAAAAUACUUAGACAUAUUUGAAAAACAUUUAAACGCUUUAGAUAUUAUAAAAUUUUUAAAUAAAGAAAUAAAUAAUGAAGAAAAUAAAUUAAAUAUAAAUAUCAAUAUUAUUAUUAGUUCUAAAAAUAAUAUGAAAAAAAAUAUAUUAAAUAUAUUUAAAAUAUUUAAAUAUAUAAUAUUAUAUACUAAUUAUAAAGAUGAUAAUUUUACACAAAAUUGUUUACAAGUAUAUUACAACCUUUUUAAUUCUGUACAAGUUCAUAUUUUCUUUUUCAUUCUAUUUUAUAUUAUAUUAUUUUAUUCAAACGACUUCAGAUAUUUACAUUUGUUUAUCAAAUAUUAUGAUGACCAAUAUCCAGAUUUAAAAAAUGUUCAUGACUAUUCGAAUGUUAUAAAUUAUUUAAUAUUAGCCAAAGCAAAAACGAUAACUAUAUAUGACAAUUUUUACAAUUUUUAUAAUUUUUUGAAAAAAGUUACAUCGCAAAAAGGGAUUUUCAGCCAAGUUGACAAAAUUAAAGAAACUGUUUUGUGCUUAAAAACAAUGCUAUAUAUACAAAAAGUUUUAAAUAAAUCUGAUACAAAUAAAGAAGAUUGUGUAAAUACAAACAUUCAAACAAAAUCUAAUGAAGAUAUAUAUCAUUCUUUUUCAAAACUAAUUGUACAAACACAAGAAACACCAGAUAUAAUCAAAAAUGUUAAUUCUUUAAAUAAUAUUGAUUCGAAUCAAGUUAAUUAUAAAACUGUUAAUAUAAAUUAUACUUCGAAACAUAUUAUUUAUGAUAAUUAUAUAGCUAUACAUACAGAAAAAAAUAAAUUUAAAAUAUUUAAAAAUAUUAUUGAAUAUAAUAUAGCUAUAUGCUAUAAUUACAAAAGGGUAAUCAAACUAAUAAAGCAAUUGCAAAUUGAUAAGCCUGAACAAGUACUAGACUCUAUUGCAUUUGCUGUAAGUGUCAUAGUUUCACAUAAUGGAGAUCAAACAAAUUCAAAAACUGACAUCAAUAUAGAUCCCAUUAAAAACGAGCCUUUAGUCACAUUUUAUUUGAUCCUGUUUAUGAUAUCUUCUCAAAAUAAAAAACUAAAAAAAUAUAAAACGUUUAUUCAAAAUGUUAUGACCUACUAUACAAUCUUACUACCACAUAAUCCUCAGUAUGUAUAUAAUUUAUCUCUAUUUUUUUCAUCCUAUUUAUGCUCAGAUUAUUCAUUUUUUGUUAAUAAUAUAUACAAAUAUAUUUGGAAAAAAACUGACCUCACCUCAAUCAUCAAUCAUCAAAAUGUAGCAAUAAAUAAUAUGAACACGAUUUCUCAUAAUUUUACAACAACUUAUGAUUUACUUCAAGAUAUUUCAUUAAAAAAAAAUGACUUUUCAUCGUUUUCUCCAAAUUGUAAAGCCUCUUCCACUUCUAACUGUUCAGAAAAAAUAAAAACUAGCCAACUAAAUUUUAUUGAAAACGAUGAAGAAAUGGAUAUAUCCCUUUUUGAAUCCAUAUUUUUAGAUAACAUAAUAAAUGAAGGUACAUAUAAAUAUGAUGACAUAUCUAGCGAUUUUGAAAAAUCCGAAAAUAAAAAAACUCAAUCUGUUUCUAGCUUAUUUAUGCGCAACGAAAUUGAUCCCAUAAAAAAUACAAAUCUGAACCCAAAAUAUUCAAACAAUUCAGAUGUAGAAAAAGAUGAACAAAAUACAACAAGCACUGAUGAUACUUCAGAAGAAAAUGAAGAUGACCAAAUUAGAUGCAAACAAGAUAGUGAUAACGAAAACAGUUUGAAUCACUUAAAAAUUAACCAUUACAAAAAAUUACUAAGUACACAUAGUGAAAAAAAAUCGAAAGAAAAUAAUAAUCAAGCAGAUUAUCUAAAUAAAAAUGAAAUAAAUUGUUUUACACAAAAUGAAAGAUACCAAAAUAUGUUUCUUAGCAACGUUUUUAUAAAUCAUUUAAAAGUAAUUUAUACAAAAAUAAACAAAUCUACAAUCUCAAAAUGGAAAACAAACCAAAUAAUUCGAUCAGUUAAUAGUAUUAAGCAAAUAUUAAAAAAUACAAAAAUGGUCAGCACAAUAAUAGAAAAUACAAAUGAAGAAAAUGAUGAGGGACUUAUUGAUGGAGUUCAUUUUUAUAUAGAUAAAGAAAAAGAACAAAAUUAUAAAAUAAAUCCUAAAUAUUAUUUUUAUAAAUGUUUAUUUCAUAAUAAUUUAGAUGCCGCUUUUCUUUAUUUACUCCAUGUCAAAGACUACAUAUUUAUUUAUAAUUUCUUUAAACAUAUUUUACAAAAUAAUCAGAUUCUAAUAGUUAAAAAAAUUUCUAUUAUAGAUGCAUUUAUUCGUAGUGUCUACCGAGUAGGAGAACAAAAUGAAGAACAUAUAUUUUUAAAAAAAUUAUUAAUUUCAAUCUCUAUAAUUCGAUAUCUAUUAUUCCAUUUGUAUAUAAACAAUAUAAAUAAAAUGGAUUUACAAAAAUUAUAUUUUGAGGAUGCAUUUAAAAAAAAUAUCGUUAAAAGCUUAUAUAAAAAUAAAAGUGAAAAUAUUCUAGAAAUAAUAGUAAAAAUUAUAGAUAUGUCUAAAAUUAAUUUAGAGCACACUAAAUAUGAAUUAUUUAUACAAAAUAAAUAUAUCACUUGUAAAAUAUACAACGACCUAUUAUCCUUGUCAAAUAACCAAACCAAUUUCCAUUCUCAAACUGAUAAAACAAAGGAAAUAGACAACGAUCCAAAUAGCUCACAUUUUCACAAUAAUGAUCACACCUUAACAAAUAAGUAUCAAACAAAAUUUCAAUACAUUUUUGAAAUCGAAGUAGAAAAAGAAAUAAUGCAAGAAAUCCAAAAACAAAUAUCUAACAAUUUUUUACUUAUAUAUAUUUUAAAAAAUUUUCAACGUUUAAGUUUUAAUAUUGAUUUUAUUUUUAAAAUAUUAUUUUAUAUAUACCAAAUAUGUUUAUAUUAUAUAUGUCCAGCAAUCUAUUUUAUUAUGCUAUCCUCUUUUCAGAUCAGUUUCGAUAAAUCAUUAUCCUACUUACAUCAACAUAUAGCUAAUCUAUCAAAAAAUAAAUUAAUAUCUACAAUGGUUAAUAUUAGAAAAGUUUUUUUUUAUUUCAAAAAUAAUUUAAAUCAUAAUUAUAUCAUAAAUAGUAGUUCAUCUCAAACAGAUUCUGAUCAAUGUUUACAAAUAAAUAAUACACAAAAUAUAUUUUCUAUUGUAUAUCCUGAAAUUUCAUCUAAAAUAGACCAAAUAACACAAAACCAGUUUAACAACAACAUGAUUUUAUUGUAUCUUUCAAACUUCUUAUCAAAUUCUUAUUUCAAAAUAAAUAACACAGAUUUUGAUUCCCCAUCACAAAGCUUCACAUUUUCACUCAACCAAACAAGCUUAAAAAAAUUUAAUAAAAACAAUUUGAACAUUUCAAAAUUUGAAAAUAUAGAAAACAAAACAAACCAAGACAAUUUCGACUACCUACUAAACAAAUCUAAUGCUUCACCAUAUUUAUAUGAUUUAAAUUUUUUACUAAACUAUUUAAGAAUCGAUUUUUAUCCUUACAUUUUUUUAAGUUUACCUGACUAUGAGCAAGUAAAAGAAGUCAUCAAUUUAAUGCAAAGAAAUUAUUUUGGAUAUUAUAUAGGACAACAAAUUAUAGAACAUAAUGAAAUAAGUUUUGAUAGUAAACUAUUUAAUCCAUAUAUUAUGCUAACUACUAAUGAUAUAUAUACAUACUUUUAUUCAAAAAAAAAAUACUUUAAAAUAUUUUUAGACUUGUUUAUUUACUAUAAUAUUGUAAUAAAAUUUGAUCAAAUAAAUAAUGACAAGUAUCAACAAUUAUUUAAACAUGUUUUAUUACAAAAUUAUGAGCAAGUUCAGAAUCAAAUAAAACUAAGAUAUACAAAAUGGAUGUUUCUUGAUAAAAAUAAACUCAAUAAAUUUUAUAUUUUUUACAAUUUUAUACAUAACUAUAGUAUAUAUAAUCAAAAAGCUUUUUAUAAAUUAAUUGUAGAUAACAUAUUUGAAAUUGAUAUUUUAUUUUUAAUCUUAUUUUCCAUUAAAAAUUGUCAAGAAAUAGUUAAAUAUAUUCUCUUUAAAAUUGUUGUUAUUACUUUUUUUAAAAAUGAAAAAAUAGAUGAAUUAUAUUUACAAAAUCUCAUCCAAUUUAUUUCCUCAGCCACACAAGACCAACACCAUCUCAGCAAUUUUGACGACUUUGAGACAUUAUUUAUUCAGGCUCAAGAAACGGAAAAGUUAGAAACGGAAAAGUUAAAAGCCAAAGUUGAACCCUUUAGCAAUGACAUCUAUAUAGACCAAACAAUGUGUAACACAAGUGAUACGGACAAUGACAAAUUCGACAACAUAAAAAAUGACAACUUGAACGAAAUGUAUCCCACUGAAUGUGAUGAAAAUGAUAGAUACUCGUCAGAAAAUACUAUAACAAACAUUUUCAAUGAAAAAGAAGAAGCAAUAAUUACGGGACUAUCCAAAAUGGCAGAUGAACAUUGUCUAUACACUACAAACACAAACAAUGAAGUAAAACUCGAAUUUGAUGAAGAAAAAAUAAAUGAAUUUGUUGAACAAAAUGAACAUAACCAAGUAGAAAAUAUACAAAUUAAUACAAAUGCCAUAAUAACUCUUUGUCUAAAAUAUAUAAAUAUUAAAUAUAUAAUUAAAAAAUGGAUAAAAAAUGAAUUAAAAAGUAUAUUAUUUAUGUCAAUCCAUCAAGAAACUACUAUCUUAAAUUUAUUUGAAAAAUCAAAAAAUUUUUAUUUUACAUUAUCUUCAAUGAAUAGCCAAAAUGUUUUUUAUUAUUUAAAAAAAAUGGUACGAUUAAUUUUGAAAACACAUCGAAAUAGCUCAACCAAAAGAAUGUACCAAGGACGGGUAUAUCAAUUUUAUUAUUUUUUUAUCAUAUUGCAAGCUAUGAACUAUCUUAAGACACAUGUAGAAGUAGAAAGUAGUAAUCCGAAUGAAAAAGUGUCCUAUUUUUUUAAAACUUCAAAUAAAUGUAAUAACGGAACACAAUCGACAUAUAUAAAUCAUGUCAAAAAUGAUCUGAACAACCUGGAUAAUGAUAUUGAUGAUAAAGCGGAGGUAGUAAAAAGCUUAUUUUUUAUAAUGCUGAUAAAAGUUGUAAAUAUUUAUUUGCCAACUAUUAACAAGCUACUAUUUAAUAAUGAAGAAAAUUAUUUAUAUUAUGACAAAAAACAAAAAAAAAUAAUAUUAAAAUAUGAUAUAAAAAGUUUUAUUUUUAUUUUAUUUAAUUAUAUUCAAACAACAUAUUCUAAAGGAUAUGAAUUUAUUUAUAUCAGUUUAUUAUUCCUCAUGGAGCAUUGUAUAAAUUUAGUUACACCAAAUGAAGAAGUAGAAAAGAAUCCAACAUUUUCUUACAACUUUAUAUAUAAAAAGGCUCAUAAUGUUAUAAACAAAUAUAUAGAAACACUAAAUCAAACUAACACAUCAACCACCUUUGAUUCCGUCUUAAACUUUAUAAAUAAUGAUACAUAUUUAAAAAUAAAAGAUGAACUAAGUAAGAUAUAUUUAAAAAUUCUAUCUAAUUGUAAAAAAUAUAUGGUAGUUAUUUGUAAAAUAAUUAUAGGAAAUCGAAUAAAUAUACAAGAUGAAUAUAUAUUAUUAAAAAAUGCAGAUAUAGAUAUACUUCAUUUUUUUACUUGUAAUUAUAGUCAUAUAAAAAUAAAUAAACAACACAUUUUAUCAUCCCAAGAUAAUAAAAAAAAACAAAAAAUAAAUAUUUUUCAAAAAUCAGAAAAUCAAAAUACAGAUCAAGUAGAUAUAUUUAAUAAAAAUAUUUAUAAUUUUAUUAAAAUACUUUUAGUAAUAAUUAAUUAUAACAUUAUUUCUUUUAAAGGUUGGCAAUACUUUGGAACUAUCAAACAAAUAAUUGCUGAUAAAGAAUGGUAUAAAAUAUUUGAAUCACUACAAAAUAAUAAAAAGUAUAGUCCAAUAUCUUUUCUGUGCAUACAAAAUAACAAACCCAACACUUCUCAAACACAUUCAGAAGAAUACAAUACAUCCUCUUCCUCUGAAUCCACUUCAAGUAGUUUCGAUCAAACAUUAGAAUUUUUUUCUAUAAAAAAAAAAGUUACAUCUACCAAUCCUUCACCUGAUAACGAUACAAAACAAAACAAUAUACCAAAUUAUGAUCUAAAAUAUUAUGACUCAGAUUCUAAUUUACUUUCAAAUGAAUAUAAUAAAGAAACAUUAUCUGUUCCGUCUCCUACUCUAGAACCAGUAAAGAAGUCUUACGACGAGGAUGAAGAGAACUACGACGAGCAUGUAGAAGGUUAUGACAAACAGGAAGAAAGUUAUGAAUCACUAAUGAAAGACACAGUAUUAAAUAAAUAUGGAAAGGGUUUCUUGUCAUCCUAUUUAGAAACACUAAAUACAAAUAAAAAAUGUCAAAAACAUUUUAAAAAUAUUUAUAAAAAAUCUAAAAUGAUAAAUUUAUUAAAAUAUUCUUUAUACAUUUUAGAUUAUUGGGAUAUUGAUAUUGCUGAUAAUUGCCAAGAAGGAGAAAAAAAAAAUAAAAAAAUAAAUAAACUUAAUACUCAUAUAAAACAAAGUAAACUAUUUAGAAAAGAUACUGAAUUAAAAGCAGAAGGAAAAGAAGAAAGUUUACAAUUAUUAAUCUUUUUUGCUAACUAUUUUUACUUCUUUCAAAAUUAUAUACAAUAUAAAAUACUUUUAAAAAUGUACAUAAAUAAUAAUCUAGCAGAAGCAAAUGAAUUAUUUUUUAAUAAAGGCCGAAUGUGGAGUUGGUAUUCUAGUGAAAACAAAAUUAAAACUACUAUCGAAGAAUAUCUAAUUAAAAAUAUAUCAUGUACUGAUUUAUUUAUUUCAAAAACAAAUGAUGAAUUUUUAAAACUAAUAAAUAAAAUGAAUUCUAAAUAUUCCUAUCCUUCAAAACGAUCUUCUAAAGCAUCUGAAAAAGAAACACUUCUCAAAGAUACAAACAAUUACAUUAAAAAUUUACCAGAACAAAAUUAUGAUUGUUUUUAUUUAAAAAAUUAUCAUACUAAUAAAUUUAACAAGUACUUCAUCCGAAGUUCACAAAUCCAAUACUACCUCUUCGCAAAGUUCGGUGGCACAAAUAUUGCCACACCCCAAAGUAAAAAAAAUAGUGCCUCAUCUCAUGAAAACUCAGCAAUGAACAUAUCAAAUAAUACCGUUGGCAACUACAACCUUGGCAAUCGCAAUCAUAGCACGAAGUCUGGAAACUUCCCUAUAUUUUUACUCAACAUAUUAGAUAUAUAUAAAAACACAACAGAUGUUUACGAUUUUUAUUAUCAAUUAAUCAUACACAAAUUAAAAGAUGACGACAAAAUGAAUCUUACAAAAAUACAAAACUAUUGGAAUAAUUUACAAAUAUAUUUUAAAAAUAAAAUUAAUAAUUAUGAUUUAUAUUUAAUGCUUUUUUAUUAUCAAUAUUUUACAUUCCAAUCUAUUCAAAAUGCAAAUCCAUCUAUUUCCUAUUUGCCAGAAAACGAACAAAAAUUCAUUCUCUAUAUGUGGAUAAAUUCAACUCAUGAUUUAGAGAAAAAAUACAGAUAA